AUGGCUGUCGCAGAUAAGAAACCACCAUCAAAGGGAUCGACAUCGUCGUCCUCGGGCACCGCUGGCGUUUCAACUUCCGGACCCAAAAGGAAGAAAACGUCUGCUGCUUCAACUAAUGCUCAAAGCUCUGCCAGUACUCCCAUUAACAUUGGUGAACUCAGCAUUGACAUUCUUCAAGAUCUUAUUCGGUCUUUAACCCAUGAAGUUGCUGCCCGUGCUGUUCAUCUUGAACACCGGAUCCGUUCCCAGUACGGCCGCGAAUUUGUUGCACGGCCUUACGCAACUGCUCUUCCUCCGGGUAUCCGUGCCAAAAGCGCCCAAAAAACAGAGGUGGUUGGCCGUGUGGCCUAUCUUUCAAGCCCUUGGUCGUCACAUGCAGGUACACCAGUCAAUGGCUCAACUCCUGGGACCCCCAAGGUUGCCAAUGGUCACAAUGCCGGUACCGAUGGGGGUAACAACAAUGCAACUACAUCGACCGUUGCUCCAAGCCCUGCAACACCUUCAGCUUCGUUGUUGGAGGACAUGUAUGGUAUUGAAAAGUCAACUGAACCAAGAUACUUUGAGUGUCUUAAUUGUACACGCAAGAUUGCAGGCUCUCGCUUUGCUGCGCAUCUCGAGCGAUGUCUCGGUGGCCGCAAUUCUCGUCACAAGGACCGGAAAGCUGCAGUGGCAUAUGGAGGACCCCACCUUGCUUCGGAAAACCUGGCCCCGAUUUCCAACAAUAACAACAACUCGUACAACUCUCCAUCGCCAUCUUCAGUCACAGGCGGAGAUUUCAGCUCGACCUCUUCGUCCCCUGCAAAGUCACAGCUGGGCGAGCACUUGAGCGGCGCGGGCGCCGGCACCUCUUUGAAAACCCCUCCUUCAUCUUCGGCUGGUGCAGCAGCUAACUCUUCUCAAGGCAACGGAUCUACUGAAUCAUCUGCACCCCCGCGAACCAAAAAACGGAAAAUUGGAUUAGGUGGGGGGAACGGCAAUAGUAACGGGAGUAACAAUGGUACUAGCAAUGGCCACAGUAACAUUUCUUCAUCCGGAGGCCCCACGAAAACAGCCCUUUCAAAGUUCUUUGAUCGCGGUGUAGGAGGUACUGGUAGUAGUGGCACCAUGUCCAAUGGAAACUCAAGAGACAGUAAAAAUUCAAUCCAUAGUGCGCCAUCAUCUCCAAGAGGGGCCGGAGGUUCAUCCAGUGACAAGAACCGAUCACAUAGUGAAGAACCAUCAAUCCAUCCAAGAAAACGAGCCAAGAACUCUUAA